GUUCGAUUCUAUGAUCCGUUGUCAAACGUUGGUCUGUUUGUGUGUUCGUUAUUUUUUUAUGAACGUGCUUUUGUAAAUGGUGAACAGUUAAAGCGUUCCGGCAUUCCUAUUAUUAUUGCUUACCGAAAAAUAAAUUUUGAAAGCAUGAUGAAAACAAAAGUUAUGUAGGGUUUUUAGAAAGCCAAGACCACUGGUUAUUGUUAUAGAAUCCAUAUUAACUAAUAAUAAUGGUGAAAGAUCGUCGUAAAUCUCGGUCAAUCUCUGUUUAGCUCAUUGUCUCAAGCAGGUGUUAUGUGAAAUGUGAUCUAGUGCUUCAUUUUGUAAGAAUUUUUAGACCUACAGCAGGUGGAGGAUCAGCAACCAUGUCUGCAGAUGAGUCCAGUGUACGCGUUGCAGUAAGGAUCCGACCUCAAACGCCCGGCGAGAUCAUCGAAGGAUGUAGCGUGUGCGCACGCGCUGGCGGCGCAGCGGGUGAUGGGGGCGUCGCGCUUGGCACCGAGCGCGCCUUCACCUUCGACUUCGCCUUCGAGCCCAACACCGCCCAGCAGCAGGUGUAUGACACCUGCGUCAGGAAACUCGUCGAGGCCGCUCUAGAUGGCUACAACGCCACUGUACUCGCCUACGGACAGACGGGUUCCGGGAAGACGUACACGAUGGGCAGCGGAUGGGAGGGCGAGGGGGAGGGUGCGGUGGAGAGACGCGGCAUCAUCCCUCGCGCCAUCCGGGACUUGUUCGCCGGCGCCGACCAGCGGGCAGAGGACGCGCGUGCGCAAGGACACCUGCCACCCGAGUUCUCGGUGCAAGCGCAGUUCAUAGAGCUGUACAACGAGGAUAUUGUUGACCUGCUCGACCCUGCUAAGGAUCCGUUCGCUAAGGGAGCUCUAAGGAUAACAGAGGAUGGUUGUGGCGGCGUGCGCAUCGUGGGAGCUUCCAUGCGCGCUGUCAGAAACGUAACCGAAGCGUUGGGAGCGCUGCGUGCCGGUGCUCUCGCCAGGACUACCGCUGCCACCAACAUGAACUCCUCUUCGUCGAGAUCACAUGCCGUGUUCACAUUGCUAAUGCGUCAGAGACGACUGGCGGCUGACAUGGAGGCGCAGGACAGGGAGGCCGAUGCGGAGGCGCCGGAGCAAUACGAGACGCUCACAGCCAAGUUCCACUUCGUAGACCUGGCUGGCUCUGAGAGACUCAAACGCACGGGAGCGACAGGGGAGCGUGCCAAAGAGGGUAUCUCAAUAAACUGCGGUCUUCUCGCGCUCGGCAACGUUAUAUCAGCACUGGGCGACAAAUCACGCAAGGUCCUGCACGUUCCUUACAGAGACUCGAAACUGACGCGAUUACUGCAAGACUCUCUCGGGGGAAACAGCAACACAGUUAUGAUAGCUUGUGUAUCGCCAAGCGAUCGGGACUUCAUGGAAACCCUCAACACUCUGAAGUACGCGAACCGCGCGAGGAACAUCAAGAACCGAUGCGUCGUGAACCAGGAUCUGACGUCACGCACCAUCCAUCAACUAAGACAGGAAGUGGCCAGGCUGCAGCUAGAGCUGGCCGAAUAUAAGCAGGGCAAACGUAUAAUAUCAGAGAACGGCGAGGAAGGCUGGAGCGACGUUGUGCAAGAGAACGCGAUAUUAACAGCGGAAGUGGAAUCGCUCAGAAGACGCGUGAAGGCGAUGCAGGGAACUAUAGAACAAUUGUCGGCGAGGAACAGCGAGCUGUUGGCUGAGAAGGCGUUAGGAAACUGGGCCCCGAAGGACAGCAGUCCUGAAGCUAGCGACUGUUCACUUAGUAAAUUAGUUCAGGGUUACGUGAGCGAGAUAGAAGACCUGCGCGCUCAGUUGAUGGAGGCGACGGCUAUGUAUGAAGCGAGCCGCCGUCGCGAGAUGAAAGUCACUCGGACUAGGCACGAUUCAACGCACGACGCCUCGUCGAUACUGGACGAUGCUAAACGAGAGCUGGAUAAGGAAAAAGAACUCCUCGCGCGCAGUAUGGGCGAGCUGGAGUUCCAUCGUAAGCUGAACAUGAGCGACAGCGUGACCGGCUCACUGGAGCGGGACGAGAGGGAACCGCGGGCCUUAGGGGACCGGGACGAUAGGGACGCGCGGCCCAUAGGGGAACGGGAGCGGGCCGAGGGGGAGAGUGCGGAUGACUCUUCUACUUCUGAUCAUGGCGACGCGUCAGAUUCUGAUGGAGACGACUCGGAGACUAAAGGGCAAAGAGUACUAUCAGCUCAACUAGCAGCGUUAAGCGAGGACAUAGACACGAAGGCGCGUCUCAUAGAACAGUUAGAAGUGUCGCAGCGCCGCUUGGCGACGUUGAGACAACACUACGAGCAGAGACUUGAUACACUUCAUCAUCAAAUCAAGGCUACGAACGAUGAAAGGGACAAAGUACUGGCUUCUUUAGCGUCCCAAGCAUCACCGCCGAGCGAUAAAUUGAAGCGCGUCAAAGAAGAGUACGAAAGACGUGUGUCCACUAUGUCACGGGAACUGAGACGUCUGCAAGCGGCGCAACGGGAACACACGCGUCUACAACGGUCGCAGCAACAAACCGCCAGCCAGCUGUUAGCGCUGCGCAACGAGCUGCAGAACAUGAAACGGGACAAGGUAAAAUUAGUACAGAGGAUGCGAACAGAAGCUAAACGUCAUGCACAAGCCGAAGCCGCGAGAGCCAAAGAGGUGGCGCAACUGCGUAAAGAAUCGCGGAAGAAUGCAAACCUAAUCAGAUCAUUGGAGGCUGAAACUAAGCUCAAAGAACAGGUAUUGAAACGGAAACAAGAGGAGGUGUCACUACUGAGACGUGGCCACAGAGAUAAACUCAGCAGUCGAGCCGCUGGCAGAUUACAUGAACGCAGCCGUAGAAAUCGCAUGACUCUAUGCCGUGAAGCGUGGUCUAAGCUCGAAUGCUGGGUGUCUCGCUCGUGCGCUGCCCGCAGCACUCUGGCCGAGCUGGAACAACAGCUGGAGCAGCAGCUGCGACAGCGGGACCGCGCCAUAAGGGACCCCACGCCGGAUCCAGACGCUGAGCAUCUGCUGAGAUAUCUGCGCGCCGCCAUUGCUGACACGCAGACGCAGAUCAUGCAGAUAGAGGAGGAGAACGACGAGAACGAGUUGACUGCGCUGCUGGAGCUGAUCGAGUCGGCUGAAGUGGGCCGCUACGCUCUGGAGAGGCUGGCGGCGCUGGCGUUGCAACACGCGCAAGAUGCAGCGCGUGCGCGUGCGCUGUUAGCUCAAACCAACGCGCAGCUUAAGGAGAUGGAAGAGAAUUCGGAGCGGGCAGCGAGUGCAUUACGAGCGGCGGGUGCAGGCGGGGAUCCGAACUUAAACGCGUGGGGAGCGCCGCACGCGUUAGCCGCGCUACUGGCGCACGUGUCGUCUGGCACGUGCACGCGCGCCGUGUCGCCCGUGGACAGUUCGUUACAAGAUACGCACCGGGCUUCGAACGGCGUCCGCGAAGUUGUUACAGCGCCCGCGUCUCCUCCCGAUGACAACUUUAACUCACCUUUCCAGAGGAACACCGUGAGGCGUGGCUCUGUACGAUUACGCGACCUGGGUGUGUACGGGCGGGAGGAUGACCCCAUGACACAGUCGUUGGUGGAACAAACUCCACCCAGGCCAGCGCCACUAAGUCGCGUUCCCAGUGCUCCUGGCAGCCUCAGAGGGCUAACUCCCCUUGGGGCGUCGUCACCAGUGUCCCCGCGCCGCGUGCCCGACAGCCCGCGACUCCCGCGAAGACAUGUACCCGUGCCCGUGCCGCCUAAACCAUCCUUAGACAGCGUGGCAGUGAACAAUACUCCACCCGCGUCGCCGGGCGCCACAAGGCGGGCCAGGGACGACGACGUGUUCCUACGGCUCGCCGGAGCGCCGGACAGUUCGCCACAGGGCAUUGUCAAGGAGGUACCACUCAAGCGUGUGAGUGGCGGGGGCGCAGCGGGCAGCGGCUCGUGGCUGUCGUGCACGCACGUGUGCGAGGGGCACGCCGGCGCCGCUCUCGCUCUCGCCGCCACCAACCAUCUCCUCUACAGCGGGGGCGUUGACCGUACAGUCCGCGGUUGGGACUUGACCGCGGGAGCGGAGGUGUGGCGCGGAUGGUGCGGCGGCGCGGUGACCGCGUUAGCAGCCACAGGGGAAGGGGAGGGGGAGAUACAUGAAGACAGCGGCCGUUUGUUGUUAGCCGCCGCUGGUGCCGCCGUACGGAUCUUCGACGUGCGCAGUCGAACGCCCGUCAACACACUCUGGUCAUCUGGGGCGACGGGGGCUUGCGGUGCUCGGGGAGUGGGGGAGGUGGCGGUAACCGCGCUGGCGCUGGCCAAUCAGCAGCGCCUGUACACCGCCGCGGGGGACAAGCUGCGAUUGUGGGACUUGAGGAUGAUGGAGUGCGUAUGCAAGGUGUGGUCGGGACACGCGGCAGCCGUUAUGUGCCUGGUGGUGGGGCGUGGGGUCGGUGACCUCCUCGCUACCGGCUCGAAGGACCACUACGUGCGGACACUGGAUAUGUUGCCGCAAGACACAGGUGGUUGGGAGGCCAGUAAUCGUCGUCUCCUGGAGCCUCCGCAUUACGACGGCGUGCAAGCACUCGCGCUCAAUAACGGAGCCCUAUACAGCGCCUCGCGUGACACCAGCUUGAAGCGAUGGAGUCUCAACGACGGAGCACUUACGCAUAGCGUAAUGAACGCACACAAAGGCUGGGUGACAGGCGUAGCCGCGGGCGGCGGUCGGGUAAUAUCCGCGGGGCGGGACGGGCGCGCGCGCGCCUGGGACUCCGCCCUGCGGCCCCUCGCCCCGCCCGCCCCGCUCGGGGACGCGCCCCACGAGCUGCGCGCGCGCGGGCACACCAUCUACACCGCCGGCAAUGAUGGACGCGUGCGUUGUUGGCGCGUGCGACUCGGCCGGUGACCGCAGGGUGCGGUGGAAGGCGACGUGACUACGCCGCCCCCCGGCAGGUCGUUCUCGCCCCGCGGCAGUCCGCACUCGCCCCGCGGCAGUCCGCACUCGCCCC